AGUCUGUGUUUCGUACUGGGCGUGGAUGAAAACGCUUUCGAGUUGAAUGUGUUCCGUGUAUUUCAAAGGGGGAGGGAAUAUCAGUUUUGUGUUUUCAGGUAUUAGAAUGUUAAAAAAUUACGUCAGAAAAAAAUAUUAAUUUAAUGUCUUCGAAUGAGUGUCUCCGUACGAAGUUAUCAUUUUAUACAAGAAGGAAAAUAUUUCAAUUCAAGAUGGUGGUCGCGCCCGACGCAGAGGAAGGCGUGGCAACGGACGCGAAGCAGAAAGAGACGAGCGAAAGGGAGAGCGGCAGCAGCAACAACAACGCCAACAUCACCUACGGCAUAGACGACGUGCCGCCGUGGUACCUCUGCCUGUUCAUGGCUCUGCAGCACUACCUCACGAUGAUCGGCGCCAUCGUGUCCAUCCCGUUCAUCCUGACGCCGGCGCUGUGCAUGGCGGAGGACGACCCCUCCAGAGGACACAUCAUCUCCACCAUGAUCUUCGUGACGGGGCUCGUCACCUUCUUCCAGGUCACCUUCGGCUGCAGGUUGCCCAUCGUGCAAGGCGGCACCAUCUCGUUCCUGGUGCCGACGCUGGCGAUCCUGAACCUGCCGGUGUGGCGGUGCCCCGACUCGGACGCGCUGUCGGCCAUGUCCGCGGAGAACCGCACGGAGCUGUGGCAGGUGCGCAUGCGCGAGCUGUCGGGCGCCAUAGCCGUGUCCGCGCUGCUGCAGGUCGCCAUCGGCUACCUGGGUGUGAUCGGCGUGAUACUCAAGUACGUGACGCCGCUGACGAUCGUGCCGACGGUGUCGCUGGUCGGACUGUCGCUGUUCAAGAACGCCGGCGACGCCGCGUCCAAGCAUUGGGGCAUCUCCUUCGGGACCAUUCUCAUGCUGACCGUGUUCUCGCAGUGCAUGGCGGAAGUGAACGUUCCCGUCCCGACCUACAACAGGGCGAGGGGGUUCCACGUGUCGUGGUUCCCGCUCUUCAAGUUGUUUCCCGUGCUGCUGACCAUCAUGCUGAUGUGGGGCAUCUGCGGCCUGCUCACCGUGACCGGGUACCUGCCCCAGGGCCACGCGGCGCGCACCGACGUCAAGAUACGCAUCCUCGACGACUCGCCGUGGUUCCGCUUCCCCUACCCGGGUCAGUGGGGGAUGCCCACGGUUUCGGCAGCUGGUGUCCUCGGCAUGUUGGCAGGAGUGCUGGCCUGCACCGUCGAGUCCAUCAGCUACUACCCGACAACCGCCAGGAUGUGCGGUGCCCCCCCGCCCCCGGUCCAUGCCAUCAACAGAGGUAUCGGCACGGAGGGCCUGGGUACCGUGCUCGCCGGCCUCUGGGGCAGCGGCAACGGCACAAACACUUUUGGCGAGAACGUCGGUGCCAUCGGUGUCACUAAAGUAGGCAGCAGAAGAGUAAUACAGUAUGCCGCUGUCUUAAUGCUCCUUCAAGGUGUGAUCAGCAAGUUUGGCGCUGUUUUCAUCAUCAUCCCAGAGCCUGUGGUAGGCGGGAUGUUCUGCGUCAUGUUCGGAAUGAUCGCAGCUUUCGGUCUGUCUGCUCUACAGUAUGUGGAUCUCAAUUCAUCACGAAACUUGUAUAUUCUUGGAUUCUCCACAUUUUUUGGACUGGUGUUACCCAAAUGGAUGGAACAAAAUCCAAAUGCCAUUCAACUGGGAAAUGAGAUUGCAGACGGAAUCUUGACAGUGCUUCUCAGCACCAGCAUUCUCGUUGGCGGAGUUGUGGGUUGCGUUCUAGACAACUUGAUACCAGGAACACCGGAAGAGCGAGGUCUUAUUGCGUGGCAGGAGCAGAUGAAACUUCUGCCGGAUGACGAAACUGAUGAUCUCCCGAAUACCUACGACUUUCCAAUUGGAAUGUCUCUCAUUAAGAGGUGGAAGUGGACCUCCUACUUGGCGUUCAUGCCCACGUACAGACCGCCAAAGCUGCAGAUGUGUGGUGUCAAGAAGGGGCAUUGAUGGGCCGAAUCCACCUACUCCAGGGGACUGGACUACACUUUUCUUCAGGAGACAAAAUGUGUGCUUCUGUGAAAAUAAUCUUGUGAUGGAGAUCACAGUUUAAAAUACGUAAUGUUAAACACUGGCAAAAAAAAAAGUCUCCAAAUGGUCACAUUACGAUGACAGGAAUCCAAUGCACGUCAUGUGUUUUAAGUAGGUACACAAAAUGUUCAAUUUCUUCAGCAAAAUUAUUCAGGAAACCAAAUUUUUGUUAUUAAAAAAAUGUAUUCAAGAUUUAUGUAAAUUAUCCUGAACAAUGUGGAUAUCUUUUCUAAGUACAGAAUCGAUGCUAUCUGUGCAAGCAGAAUGGUGAGACCACAGAACUUCUAGUCUCAACAGCUUUGACAAGAUAUACUUGCAGUAAAACUGUAUAAAACAAAUGGAAAAUUUUUGUAAUUGUAAAUGUGGUUUUUAUCAUUUUAUCCCACAACAAAUGAGUUAUGUAAAAUAAAGGUUUUGUUUACUU